GUGGCCUAAACUGUUGACAUGUCUAUAUAAGUCCAGUCAUCCUGCCUCGCCAGUCACAUCCUGAUACACUGUACACCAGACAAGGUUCAUUAGUUGUCUGUAGUUAGUCCCAGGGUGUUGCUGUCUACACUACAGUCCACCAUCCUGCCAUCAUGGGCGUGGUCAAAGUCAUGGCAACUGUUCUUCUGCUGGCUGUCCUGCUACACUCAGGCACCCAGGUGACUUCCUCUCGUGAUGGUAGACACAGGACCCGAGCAUCUUCCCUCUCUCAGUCUGUGACGUCAUUCGGAGCCUCGCUUUACCGCCAGCUGACAUCCGGGAACUUUGACAACCUCAUCUUCUCUCCUUUCAGUGUCUUUCGUGGCUCUCACCAUGACUUUGUUAGGAGCCAACGGCACCACAAAGCGAGAACUAAUGACAGUGCUGUCCGUGGGGCCGCAGCAAGGUGUUCAUCAGACACUGCACAAUGCCAUUACCUCGCUUCCGACUGGUCUUGACCCUGACACCAACCUGACCUUACGUGUUGCCAACGCCGUGUACUACAACCAGUCCCGGAUCACGGUGUUACCUGGAUUCUCACAGAACAUCCAGAGGCUGUACGGGGGAGCACUUAAGCCUUUCGAAGAUCCAAACCCCGAGGCCGCCAUUAACUCUUGGGUGGAGGAAGUGACGGAUGGAAUGAUCCAGAACCUCCUGCCACCUGGUCACUUCACCACCUCCGACACCGUCCUCAUGCUUCUCAAUGCAGUCUUUUUCGAGGGGUUCUGGGAAAACCAGUUCUCCACGAGGCUCACAAGUGAAUCUAACUUUACCACGGCGACAGGAAGUGUGGUGCGAGUUCCCAUGAUGCAUCGGUCGCACGCUUCUAUCAGUUUUAAAAACAUCCAGGCUUUGAACGCUCAGGUGAUUGAGCUGCCUUACAAGGGAAACCGAUUCAGCCUCUUUUUGGUCAUGCCCAACACCUGGGAUGGUUUGAUGAACCUGGAGAGACGCUUGGACGGUCAGAUGCUCAACCGUAUCCUGAACGAAAUGCCCCCAACUGUUAGGACCGAACUCUUUCUGCCAAAAUUUCGUCUGAGUACCGGGAAGGAGCUGAAUGACCAUCUCAAGUCCAUGGGUCUACGGACUGCGUUCUCGCUGAGAGCGGACUUCCGGCGAAUGUCCACUACUCCCCUUUUCAUCAGCAAAGUUAUUCACAAAGCUAUCAUAGAGGUGACUGAGUCUGGCAGCAGGGCGGCAGCUGUGACAUCAGUCGAACUCUCCCCCCGUUCAAGUCCGCGGAACACUGUCCAUGUGAACAAGCCCUUCGUGUUCAUCCUGCGCGAUAAGACUUCAGGGCUCAACUUCUUCAUGGGCAGAGUUACCGACCCUUCACAGGAGUAACGUCCCGUAGACAUGAUCGUGAAUCCUCGGUUAUUUCGACCUUUCGGG